ACGGCCAGACAGGUGGGAUACCAUCAUGGGAGGCGGCUGGGGAUGUGCUGACUGAGCCAGGCCAAACAAAGUAUCUAAAGCGUCCAGACAAUCCUGGUCCCGACCCAGACCGUCCUGGCACACAGAAAGGCCAGCUCAGUCAGUGACAAGCCCAGUCCAGGAGCCGAUGAAAAGAUAAUUCCCCCCUCGCAGACCACAUGCGGCGUGGGGCCACUUGUGAGCGCUGACAAAGCAAGAUCAAGCAGAAAGGAUAUGAGUGGGAAACUUCAAAACCUGCUCAUGUUUCUGGGCCCGUGAAAGGAUUUGUAUAACACAUUCACUUUUGAUGGACUUUCCCAUGUUCCCCCAGACAGCUCUGUUGCUGCCGACGCGUCCAAAUAAUGAAUCUCUUAUGCUACUUUUUUUUCCUCCGAGCAAGGCCGUGUUCCUAGUGGUUUUGCCGGGAUGCUGGGCGAUCCAGUCAGUCUUGCGUCGCAGCAGAGAACAGAUGGAGUACCGCUGAUUCAACAGCUGCCAGGGAAACAGAAAAAGAAGCAUUUCUGAUGAAUCCAAGGAAAUUGCUCAUACAUUGUCUCCCUCAGGCACUGAAAUGGAACGUUUGUGUGUGAUUCUUUUGCUUGCAUGGAAAACGUUCAUAGUGGAUGCGCAAUUCAACGGGUUCAACUGUGAUGCCAACUUCCACAGCCGCUUCCCCGCCGAGCGGGACAUCAGCGUGUAUUGUGGAGUGCAAACCAUAACGCUAAAGAUUAAUUUUUGUCCGGUGCUUUUUUCUGGCUACACCGACAUUGACCUGGCGCUGAACGGGCAUCACGGCGAUGCCCACUGCCGAGGGUUCAUCAACAACAACACGUUCCCAACAGUCGUGCUGUUCAGCAUCAGUCUCAGCACGCUGGAGGCUUGCGGAAACUCACUUGUGGUCUCCACGGCUCAGGGGCCCAACGCCUAUGGGAAUCUCUCCUUGGUCCAAAUUGGGAAUAUAGCAGGAUACAUUGACACUCCGGAUCCCCCGACGGUCAUCAGCUACCUACCUGGACUUCUUUACAAGUUCAGUUGUAGUUACCCUCUGGAAUACCUGGUCAACAACACACAGCUUGCUUCGUCGGCUGCAGCGAUAUCAGUGAAGGACAGCAAUGGCACGUUUGUGAGCACGCUGAAUUUACUUCUAUACAACGAUUCCUCAUACGUCCAUCAUCUUGCCAUCCCAGUAUCUGGACUUACUCUGAAGACGCGAGUGUUUGCUGCAGUAAAAGCCACCAACCUAGACAGGAGGUGGAAUGUUCUGAUGGACUACUGUUACACAACUCCAUCUGGGAAUCCUAAUGAUGGGCUCCGAUACGACCUUUUCUUUGGCAGAUGUGAUAAGGACCAGCAGACAACAGUGUUUGAGAAUGGGAAGAGCCAGAUGGGCCGCUUCUCUUUCGAGGUGUUUCGCUUUGUCAAGCACAAGAACCAGAAAAUGUCCACUGUCUUUCUGCACUGCGUGACCAAGCUGUGUCGCUCUGAUGACUGUCCCCUGCUCUUUCCUAUCUGUGGUAAGAGGAAGAAAAGGAAUGUGCCGGAAAGAACUGCCGAGGCUUCUGACAAUGCAGUCAUGACGGCUGGGCCCAUCAUCACCCGAAUUGAUGAAACUCCCAGCAAUAAUUCCCAACUAGCACAGUUAAACAGCCCUCCAUUCAAAAUGAAUUCAGCGACGAGUGCCUUGAUUUCUGCCAGUGCGAUCCUCGCCGUUAUGAGCACGUGUUUCUUCAUCCUGUCUAUGUCACUGCUAAGAGGGAAAUAUACGCCACCAACACCUCUAUCAGGAACUCACAACCCAACGUUCAGUUAAACACACACAUGGUUUUUCAGUCAGCUAAACAAUACAACAAUACCUGUGUGAGGAGCUCUUCAGGUUACACAUAGUCAUACAGUACAGGGAAAUAAUAUCAUAAUAUCACUCUACACAGCCUUUAGCUAAAUACAGCUGCCUAUUUUUGGUCACAAAGCAUCAAUACAGAUACUCUCAUCAUCAGUGUCCUAGACACAAUCCUGAACCAUAAGGCAGAAUUCUGAUUGGAAAUUAUUCUCUCUCUCUCUCUCUCUCUCUCUCUCUCUCUCACACACACACACACACACACACACACAGGAUAAUCAGGAAUAACGCCAUUAAAAGAUGCACUCAGUCAUUUCUUUCCUCAUUAAAAUGUUUUACAGAUAAAGAAAUGUCAUUUUGACAAAAUCAUGUACACUCACAUGAGAUUCUUAGUCAUACUGGUUGAUAAACAAAUCUGGGGGCUGCCAUGUUGAGAUCACAUGACCAGCUGAAUAAUACUGACUUCAUCUCUGUAAGGUUUCUUGUUAUUGUAGGAUUUUGCUAAUGAAUUAAGUUAGUCACGGCUGAUAAUGCAUUUCUAAAACUGAAAAAAAUUGAUUUCCCCUAAAUCUGCAUCCACACCACUAGGUGUCAGUAUAAGUACCAGAAGACUGACUCAACAUAAACAAAAACAUUUCAAGUGCCCUUUUAGGCCCAAACAUGCUCUAUUCAUGUACAUGAAGGCAGACUCUUCCAAAUACAAUAAAUUGUGCAACGCAAAUGCUUUUUCUCAUCAUUGCUGUAAGUGGAGCUAUAUGCUUUUAUGCUAAGAUUUCUUCUUCAGGUCAAUUACUGUCAUGGCGGAGUGACAGUUUAACCGCAGUCUUGGUAAGCAAGCUAGUUAAAGUCAGUGUUGAUAGCAACUUAGCUGAACACAUCUGGUUUAAUGGCCAAGUUCUCAUGUCUGCAUUCAUAUACUUGUGUAAAGUAUAUUUCUGGCUUUAAAGGGAUAGUUUCCAUUUUUCACGUCAUUCCUAACUUGUAUGAUUUUCUUUCUUUUGUGGAACUAAGAAGAUGUUUUCAAAAUGUUUCUAGUGUCUUUUAUCGUUAAAAUGAAAGUCAAUGGGGUCCAAUGGUAUUAUUUUGGACCCCACUGAAUUUCAUUGUACGUGAAAACAACAGAUGAAAUACAUUAAAAAAUAUAUUAUUUUAUGUACAACGAAGGAAAGAAAUUCAUACAGGUUUAUAAUCGUCCGAAGCUUAAUUUUUAGAUUAACUAUCCCUCUGUUUAUUUCAUACUUUAAGAUGUGACUGGUCCACCACUACAUGACAGCACCACGGUUUGUUUCUGUCUAAACAUCGAAAAGAAUAUAUUGAAAGUGAUCGUAGUUACACAGUGUAACACAAACAUAAAUAGUGUUUUUUACAAACUUAUUUAAUUGCACUUGUACAUUAACUGAUCAACAGAGGAGCAAACUGUUUUUUUAAAACUUGUAUUUAAUUAUAAAUGUCAGUUGAUCCAGAUCUGCUGGUUCAGCGUAACUUAAAGUUAAUACCUCAGCCCCUUGCUUUAUUACAGGGUUUAAGAUCAGUUACAUGAAGAACAUUAGCAAAGGUAUCUUAUAGACCUGCCCAACACAUAUUUCUAGUUCAGUGAGAAUAUUAGAGGCUACAGGAUGGAAAGUGAGGAGUUUAUUCAGCACAAAGGAUCAUGAGACACCAGUGAUUCCAAGUACAUUACAUUGGGGGAAGUCGUGGCCUAAUGGUUAGAGGGUUGGACUCCCAAUCGAAGGGUUGUGGGCUCUAGUCUCGGGCCGGACG